GUUAUAUUUUAAUAAAAAUAUAGUUAUUAGUUAAAAAAUUAUGUUUAUAUGGCUUGAAUGCGUACAGUUGUAUUUAGAAAAUUAAAUAGGAAUCUGGCCGCUAGAUGAUGCUGUAAACAGCAAAUCAUUGGUAUUUUUUGGGGGGAUAAAACGGAUUGUUAUCGUGUGGUCCUGGCACAGUGGCUUUCGCCAUUCCUUCGUAGUUAGUUAUCUCAUGUUCGAUUCCCACCAACCCCAAUAAACCUUCCCUUCCUUAAAAAUAUCAUCUCAAAAACAAGAAAAACAAUAAUCACUCGUGCGUAAGGGAUUGCUAGGCAACCGGUGAAGCUGGUGCACAUCCACCAGUCGCACUUAAAGCUAUCAACAUCAGACCUGCCGUAAUCGCGAUUGCGAUUUCGAUUAAAAUUUUAAUCGGCGAUCAAAUUAUUUUAAAAUAUUCGAAAUCGGCGAUUAAAGUGGAAAAAAAUUAAUUUUUAAUCGCGAUUAUUUUUCGAUUAUUUAGCGACAUCUAUGAACGGUAGAUGAGACUAUAUGAAAGUCUACUCAUUUUUGUAGCAGACGCUUUUUUUAAAAUUUUCACUUGUUUCAAUUUUUCAAUUAAAACAAUGGCAAGUUAUUUUCUUACUGCUAGAUGGCGGACAAAAAUAAUCGAAAAAACAAUACAAUCGAUAAGAAAUUUAAUCGCCGAUCAAAUUUUUUCAACAGACGAAUGAUCGCCGAUCAUUUUUUUGCGAUUAUCGACGGCUACCGAUAAUCGCUCAAGAAAUAUAAUCGGACGGAAAAUCUGAUCAACAUCAACGGAUUGCCAUAAGAAGACUGUUUUUUUGGAGGGGUAAAACGGAUUGCCAGAAGAGGACUGUUUUUUGGUGUGGGUAAAACGGAUUGCCAUAAUUUCCUCAAUUGUCAUUCCAAUUCUUGGAGAGCAGCAGAAAAGGAAGAUGCCUGAAGUAGAAUUGCCUGGAACCAACUUGACGGAAACCGUCCCACAGCCGGCCACAGAAGUCAACCCUAAUAUCAACAUUGAUCCACCCUACGUUAACACCUUUCCUGGCCAGCUGAACAUAGCCAACAUGGUUUUCAACAUUUUGGGAUUCGUCUGCAUUAUGGUAUCGGAAGUGAAUGGGCAACCAAUAGCCUACUGGUUCAUUAUUUGCGCCAUGGGAGGAUUCGGGAUCACUGCCAUCCUGUUGGCGCUUCACUUUUUUAACGUCAUCAAGAGGAAUUCCAUUCCGUGGACCAAGCUGGAGAUGUUUUACUGUGGCCUGUGGUGUUUCUCCAUGCUGACUGCUUCGGCUGCCUGCGCUGCCCAAGGCAGCCGCGUUGAAGCUUGGGCUGCUGCUUCCUUCUUUGGCCUCCUUUCCGUGUUUACCUACGGAGUGGAUGCUUCCUCCAAGUUCAAAGCUCUGCGUGCUAAAGAAAUGGCUCAAGCUGGACAAUUCGAGGACGUGCCAGUAAUAGUAGUCCAUACUACUCGGCAAUAGGUGUGUCUUUAAUUUGUUUUGUUUUGAACCACACCAACGUCACAGCGGAUACAGUUCAGUCCGUCAACCCCCGCGCUUCUCUUUUCUCGUCGUAUGCAAAAUGACUUUUUUUUUUCUCUUCUUCCCACGUGCCAUAGCUGUCAACACAUCGUUUUGGGAACUUUUGUCCGCUUUUUUAUCAUGCAAAAUGUUUACCAGAUACCUUUUUGAUCCCACCCCUGCCAUGGUUCUAGCAGCUGGUUGACCACUCAACAUGUGUUGCACUUAGCCACCAGUGCGUUUCGAACAUUUGCUCAAUUUUUUGUUUUUUGUACCGUGCGUGUGUUUUCUGGUAUGUGUGCGUGUGUCUUUUCAAACUCCGUCCCAGCAAUAAGCCGCACCACUGAUGUACCUCUCCUUUUUACAGAGAAAAAGCUUGUGAUCUGUAUUUUAGUCUCUCAUGUUUAGGUAUGUUGUUUGCUUUUGCGUUUUUGCCGAGUGUGAACCUAAACGAAAGUCCACCAUUUUGUCUCUUUUGUCAAACUUCCGAUUUGUUCAUUUAUGGAGUCAAAACAUGGCUCGAUCGGCCAAAAACGUUUUGCCCUUUUAAUGUGUGAAUCUACAGUAAAAAUCCUCCAUCAUUGGAGGAGGUAAAAUGAGCUUUAAAGCUUCCACCAACCGUCCGAAUAUUAUUUAAUGGCCUCCUUUUUCAUAGUAUUCGUAUUGCAAUUUGGUGAAAGGCUUUCAUGGUUUUUCAUGGUUUCUUUGUUGUUGUUCGUCGAGGAAACUUGUCAAACCCCGUGUUCGUUUUCCCAAUUCUGUACCUGAUAUUCGUUCGUGUUCAUUUCCCUCCUUUAAAAAAAAUGGAUCAAGUUGUAUUCUUUCGUUUUUUCACUACUACCAUCCAACUCGUAUGAUCUCAUCCAACGCUACCUAUGUAUAUCUCUAUGUUGUUUUGUAGGCUGGGAGCCUUGCAGGCCUUCUUUCCCAGGAACAAGAACGUGAAUAACGA